AUGUCGCAGGGCUGGUUGCAUCAUGGGAGCAUCGGAGCCGCGUCUUUAGCCAUCGCCGACAUUCGAACAAGCGCCCUCCUCAGCCCUAAAGCCAACAAGGCAUCCAGAUUCUCGUCCGGCUCUCCUCUGCCAUUUGCCGAAUUCCUGGCUACAGUAACAAACAGACACAUUGGCGCCAUGUCUGAAGACUCUCCUCAAGCGGACAACUCGCCCGAGGCCAGCCUUAGAGCCAAGGGCAGCAUUAGCGGUCCCUUUGCUGCCGGAGGUCCCUCGCCGAACCCCCGGUCGUGCGUGACAUGCCGCAGACGAAAGGUCAAGUGCGACAAGAGACACCCUUGCUCCAACUGUACUCGCGCCAAAAUAGAAUGCAUCUUUCCUGGACCCGGUCGCGCCCCGCGCAAGAGUCGAAAGCCAGCAGAUGCGGAGCUCUUGGAACGACUGCGCCGCUUGGAGGGCGUCGUGUCGAGCUUGAAUGCCCAGGUCGAGGAACAUGAACAGGAGGCGGCCGAGAGGGAGAAGGGGUCCGAAGCAGGCCACCCGGAAUGCCCGUUCUCCAACGGCAAGACGAAUCCAAAUGACGCUUCAGAACCAAGAGUCGUUUUGGAUAAUAGCGUAGAGGGGCUGGAGAACCGCUUUGGCAGGCUCGUGGUCGAGAAGGGCAGGAGCCGAUAUAUUAACAACAGCUUCUGGGCCAGUCUCAACAACGAGGUCCGUUGGGUGGAAGACCUCAAGUCUGUGCUGAUCGAACCCUCCGACGACGAAGACGAGGCGCAUUCUCCGAAUUCGUCCAAUCCUUCUUCGCAGCACCAAGGCUUCGUCUUCGGAUACAGCUCUUCCAAUGUGGACAUGCAAACGCUGCAUCCUCUCGAAAUGCAAGCGCAUCAGUUCUGGCUUGCGUUCAAAGAGAACGUCGACCCCCUCGUCAAAGUCCUACACAUCCCCACCUUUGAGCCUGUCUUCUACAACGCCGUGGCACACCCAGACAAAGUCCCCAAGACCCUGGAGCCGCUACUGUUCGCAGUCUACUACGGUGCCGUGACGAGCACGACCCCCGAAGAGUGUCGUGAGCGCUGGGGGGAAGAUCGCACAACCAUGCUGAACAGGUACCGCUUUGGUCUGGAACAAGCCCUCGCACGGGCAAACUUCCUGUACUGCGACGAAAUUGUCAUUCUCCAGGCCUUCAUCAUCUUCCUCAUCCUUCUCCGACGAAACGACGAUGCGCGCAAGAUUUGGACUCUUACCGGGCUGGUGGUGCGCAUCGCACAGACGCUGGGCAUACACCGAGACGGGACUCAUUUCAAGCUCCCGCCUUUCGAGAUUGAGUCGCGCAGGCGCCUUUGGUGGCAGGUGUGCAUACUUGAUGCCCGUUCGUCUGAGGAUCAUGGCUGUGACCCUACCAUCGUCGAGGCCCAGUACGAUACAAAAAUGCCUCUCAACGUGAACGAUGACGACCUCCACCCAGACAUGACCGAGUUCCCGGAGGAACGCACCGGCUUCACCGACAUGACGUUCUGUCUAUUGAGGUUCGAAGUCGCUAGCAUCUUCCGCCGCAUCCUCUAUAUCCCACCCGGACCGAACAGAUGCAACGAGUUCUUCGCGAGCCUCUCUAUCGCGGAGAAGGAGAAGUGGAUUACCGAGUGCCACCAGAGAUUGGAAGCGAAAUACCUGACCAACAUGGACAUGACAAUACCGCUGUGUUGGGUGACGGCAACAAUUUCAAGGUUGAUCAUGAGCAAAAUGUGGUUGAUUGUCUAUCAUCCACAUCAGCGUAAAGACGGCGGUGCCACACUCCCACAAGAGACCAAGGAUAAGCUCUUCAUUACUUCCCUUGAGAACAUUGAAUACUCCAUUCUCCUUGAAACCGAAGCGCGAACAAUGAAGUGGGGCUGGCUCUUCCGGACAUACGUCCAAUGGCAUGCAGUAGCUUUUCUCCUUUCUGAGCUAUGCGUACGCACCAAGGGCGAGGCAGUCGAGCGCGCAUGGCGUGCGCUUGAAGCUACCGCAGGCCGAUGGUGGUUCCCACUCAAUGAUACAUCGCCACAUCGUUCUGGUCGAGGACAAGGCUGUUUGUGGAACCCAUUACGGAAGCUCCUCUUGAAGGCAAAGGCUGCGCGAGAGAGGGAGCUGGCUCUUGACCGAGCAAGCAUGGCCCUCCGUGAUGGUCAGAUGAUAUAUCCUGGAAACUUCUCCAAUGGUUUCUCGGCUGGAUUAGGCGACGAGCCGACUGAGGCGCAACGAUCCACAUAUGCCGAGAUUAAUGGUGUUCCGCGAAGCGUUGCCUCCAGUCCUGGCCAAGACUUUGUGAAUUUGAGCAAUUUCGGUCUUGACAGCGUUCUAAAAGACGUCGUGGGUGGCAUGGACAUAUAUGGCAACUCCACCUACGACUAUCCAACUCAGCGCGAGGUCAACGCAGCGCCUGGUCUGACCAACCAAAUGGCAUCCAAUGGAUUUCCCAUGGAAACAAAACCCGCGCAGGCCAACACGGUGAAUUCCACGGCUACGGCUCUCAACGCUGCGCACGGAACCUUUGGCGAUCCAAUGUUCGGCAACGUCGACUUCGGCACCAUGCCCGUACCCAAUGGGCAAUCAAACGGAUCUCCUAUGGAAGACGGACACGUAGACUGGCAGGUAUGGGACGACAUGGUGGCACAGUACGGCAUGGAUGUGCAAAUGGCAAAUCCCAACACCAAUCCUGCAAGCAACAUGGGCUUGACGAAUUGGUUCUGA